AUUAUUACAGUAUAAUUUUGAAUAAUAAUAAGUUAAAUAUUUAUUCAUUUAUUAUUAAACACCGCCUUGGAUAAUAUUAUGUUUUGAAUCCUGUAAGCUUUAAUUCGUUUCGGCUUUAUUUUGUUACUUUUUUCCUUACUUAUAAGAAUUAAAAUUUACGUACAAAAAAAAAUUACGGCGCCGCUCAUCAAAAAAAAAAGGAUUCUUUAUUUAAAAAUUUUCAGCGGGAAUUUAGUAAUUUGGCGGUAGUAUUUACUAGGUAGUGAGAAAAUUUCAUCCAAAAAUUAGAAAUUUCAAAUUUUUUUAUAUCUCGAGCGAUUACAUUCGUUAUUUAGUUUAAAUAAUGUCAAAUAAGAAAGUCAAGGAAUCAAAAUUGGAUGCUGAAGAGGAUGACUUUCUAGAAACUCAGUUUUUAAAAGAUUCUUCUAAACCUAAAGAAAAAAGAAUUCAAAAAAGAAAUGGGUCUGAAAUAGUUGAGGAAGAAGAUAAUUUUAUCAGUCAAUAUCAAGCCAGUGCUAAAAAAAGGAAACCAAAACUUCAAAGUACUGAAGGUCCUGAAGAAUCACGGCAAAAGUUGCUACAUGUAAUGAGUCAUCAAUUAAAAACAAGAAAAGACAGUCAUGCUAAUUUACUUAACAAUCUAUUGGAUGUAAUAAAUCAGCUACAGGUUGACUAUAAUGCUAUGAAAGAGAAUGAGCAGAAACUGGAACAUCUAACUGGUGCAUUAAUGAAAUGUAUCCAGCAAGCGGGUAUUGCAUAUAAGCAAAAACUUAAAACAUUAAAAGAAAUUCAUGCUGCCUUUAAAAAAGAGUCAGAAGUAAUGGACUGUGAUCACAAGUCUGAAACAGACAAGCUUGCUAAUGAGUUAAAAGAAGAUAUAAAAAAAAUACAACGUAAAGUUAUAGCAGAAACAAAACGGAAUGGACUUGAAGCUUUACGUCGAUCUAUUUUUCAAACUGUUGAAAAUAACUUUUAAUUUAUUGUUUUUUUUUAUAAAUUUAAUUUAAUGACAUGUAAACAAAGGUACACUAUAUAAUAAUAAAUUUCUGUGUAAUUUUCUUUUAAAAUAACACAUGGUUUUAAUUCUAUUUAACUAACAUCGAUUGACAUGAAUUUCUUUGUAUGUUAUGUGAUAACUCUAAUUCUGGACCUAUUUAGAUGAUAUUUUUUGCAAUCAAAUAAUUUCCUUCUAUGAGAAGUGAAUUUUGUUGUGGAAUAAAAUUUUUAAUUGUUUAUUUUAUCAAUCUAAAUUCCUGGUUACACUUGUCUGAAGCAUAUAUAAGUUAUUGAAGCAAAGAAAGGAGUAACUAUAAACAGUGGAAUGUGGGCAAGGAUAGACAGAGGUUUAUGACUAUUAGCAACUUUAAGAUUAUUUUACUGGGAUGGCAAACAUCUUUGAAAACCUUUAUUGUGGAGUGAAAACUGGUAACCAAGCUUACUCUAUCGGUUUAUGCUGGGAAUCCUGAGGUAAGGGGUGGUGGGCAUGGCCGUCUUAUGACCCAAACCUCUGCCUGUCCUGAAAGGCUUACUUAGGUUAAGAAAAAUAAUACAAACUGUGUGAAUUUAAAAAUUAUUUAUUAAAAUAAUUAUAAUACCAAAGACACAAGUCUAAUAUGGACAACUUUGCCUAUCCACAGUGUUUAUGUGAUCGAAAGCUAUAACAUUAGACUUGGGUUGAAUAGGAUAUUUGUUAUGCCCUUGUUAAUACAGUUGAACUAAUUUUACAAUUACAAAAGUUCAUUCAUACUUCCAUAUUCAACUCGACCAAUUAUCAUUCCCAAUUAAAUGUAA